AUGAUGAAUUCAAGUGUAAAUAUUUGUGAUAAAUUAAUUUGUUGUGUAUGUAUGAGUAUUCUUAGUUUUCCUAAAACACUUCAAUGUGGUCACACUUUAUGUAGUGAUUGCCUUCAAAAUUUAUAUGAUGCAUCAAAACAAGUGAAUGAUGACACAAUUGCUGACUUUCAACUUCAUUAUUCUUGUCCAACAUGCCAAAUGGUUGAUGAUUAUUCUACUGAUAAUUUAAAGGAUAAUGAUAUAAACUAUAAAGAUAAUAAUUUAUGUAAAAAUAAUGAAAAUGAAUGUGUGACAUGUGGAAAAAAAAUUGACACCUUUUCAACAUAUAUAUGUAACACCUGUGAUAACAUAUCUAAAAUUAAAUUUUAUUGUCCUACUUGUGGUUGGAAAUAUCAUUCAAAUCAUAAUUUUAAUAAAUUUGAUCCAAACACUUUAAUAGAUAAUAUGCUUAAUGAAUUAAAUGAUCUUCAAAAAAUUAAUCCAAUAACUUUGUUACAUGAAGAUAUUAAAGAACAAAAUUUGAAUAGAAUAAAUAAUGUGACAAAAUGUUAUGAUUGCCUUUUGGUUGCUGUUAAAGAAUUUCAAUCUAUUGUCAUGAAUAAAACUCAUAUUACAGCUGAAGUGGCAAAUAAUAUAGGUGUAGCUUUAAUUGAUAUUAAUAAUUUAAUGACUCAAUAUUCUCAAAAAAUUGAUGAGUUAGAUGAAAUAAUUAAGAAUAUAAAUAAAAAUGAAGAAUUUACCCAAAAGCUGAGGGCAAAUUUAGAUGAUAUUGAAAAAUUGAAAGAAAGUAUAUUGAAUCAGGAUAACAUGAUAAAUGUGAUUAAUAGUACAACUGGACAAUCAAUGUUAAGUAGAAAAAGAAGAAAAAUCUACAAUCGUAAUGUUGUAAAUAAAACUAUGAGUUUACGUGGGAAUGAUUCUCUUGAUGAUAACAUGUAUGAUGUCCUCUUUUCUACUACUGGGAUAUCAAAUAUAAUAACUUGUUCCAAGUGUGGAUGCUCUUUUACUAAUAAAUAUGCUUUAAAUGAACAUUUACAAGUAGAACAUCAACGUAUUCCAAUGUAUAUGGGUUCACUUGAACAAGAAUGGAAUGAUUCACAAGGAUUUCAUUAUAGUAAAAUUGAAACUUUUGAUGAUGAAACGUUUUGUGAAGAAAUACAAAAAUAUGAUAAUAGUAUUAUUUUUGAGGAAGAUUUUGUUGAUAAUUUAGAAUCUUAUUCUCCAGAUUUACAUGAUGAGGAAAAUAUAGAAUAUGAUGAUGUUUAUCAAUCUGAUACUGAGAAAAUUAAUAUUGUACACAUUCGACCAGUUAGUACUGAAUCAAAAAAUAUGUCAUGUUUAGCUGAUGCUGCCCCUCCUACAAAAGGACGAAAAAAGAAAAAACUUGAAAAUGAAGUUGUUGAAAGUGUUUAUGUUAGUCCAGAAAUUGUUAAACAAGUUGCUCCACAAAAAAUGUAUAAACCAGAAGUUAAACGUCCAAUAAAAAUCAAUUCACACAAUCUGGAUUGGAUUAUUGAUGCUGUUGCAAAGGGUAAAAAUAUAGAUGAAUCAUCUCCACAUAUUCGUAAAAAGCCAGUAAUUGGUAAAUGUAGAUAUUGUAAUAAAAUAUUUAAAUACCCUUCAAAAUUAGCUGCUCAUGAAAGGAUUCACACAGGUGAAAAACCAUAUAAAUGUACAAUUUGCCAAAAAGGUUUCAGUCAAAGUACACCAAUGAGAAUGCAUAUGAGAAGACAUUUAAAUCAAAAAUUAUUUGUUUGUUGUUUCAUUGAUUGUAAAUCAUCCUUUAUCAGUGGUGCAUUAUUAAAUCAACAUUACAAAAAACGUCAUUCAUUAAAACAAUGGGUAUGUGCUUGUUCUAGAAGUUUUAAAAAUCAAAGAGAAUUUGUAAAUCAUGAGAUGUCCUGUGAAUGGGAACAAAAAAAUAAUGAUAUGAUGAAUAAAGAUUAUUUUAUUGAAGACAAGGAUGAAUGUAAUUUUGAGUCAAAUGAUAUUUCUGAAACAAUAUAUCAUGAACAAGUUAUAUAA